AUGCCUCUGAAAGGCGCCAUUGCAAUUGCAGCGUAUGGCGGCAUUAGCUUCGGCCUUUUUGCUGCUGCCGUGAUGUACCUGGCUGCUCAUUCAGUGGAUUAUCUUACAUUUGUGUUUGAGCUUACAGAAAGCGUACGACUCCUUGUGCUUCUCAACUUUGUUGUGAGUUUUUUUAUUGUGGCAGGAUACGUAAGCAUUAAGCUUAUCUUCCACGAAUUGAGGAUCAUCGAGAUCGAGCACAUCUCCGAGGAGCUUCCAUUUUACUUGAUCAACUUGCUUAUCAUUAUGUUCGGUGAUAACAACCUCCUCCUUAACAUAGUGUGGAUCAACCUCACGAUCUCGUCCAAGAUCUUCCACAUCAUCUUAUUUGACCGACUUGACGCCUAUCAGAUGAAGAUGGUCAACCUGAUUCCACAUCACAUCUCAACAUCGAGACAAGUGUUCUACAACUUCGCAACCUACCGUGCCCUGGUUCUACUACAGAUGUUCACUGUGACUGAUUUGGUGAUGGCAAAGUUCCUUGCUUACGAUGUCUUCCAAGGCACUGGCUCUGUUGGAAGUCUUUUGUUUGGCAUCCAAUUUGGUGUACUUGGGAUGGAGGCAUUUGCGUACUUCGGAAAGCUUGUCCUUCACGUAUAUGAGCUCAUGUUCUACACCAUUCCAAACAAUCAGACAUCCGACCCCGCGGAGGCUGAGAAUGAAGUUGACGUGGACAUGAGCGAGGAAGAAGACCCCGAUGACGAGGAUGUGUCAGAGAGAGUGUGGGAGAACAAACCAAUCUACACCCAAGCAUUUGAGAUUUUCGUGGCAUUUGCCAAAGGCUGUCUCUACUCGAUGUUCAUGUACCUUCUUUACGUGUUUGGUAACGUCAACCCUCCCAUCACGUUACUUCAAGGCAUUGCCGUGUCUGUCCUCCAAGUAUACUCCAAAUCGAAGAAGCUCCGCAGCUUCUUAGAGCAGAGCAAAAAGCUUGACAGAUCACUUCUCAACGCCACCAAGGAAGAUUUGGAACUGGGCGACAACCUCUGCAUCAUCUGUCGUGACAAUAUGUGGUGUGAAGAGGAGUACUUUGAAGUAAAGAAAAAGGUACUUGGUGCCAGGCGGCGUCCAAAGAAGCUUCGCUGUGGGCACAUUUUGCAUAUGGGAUGUCUCAAGGAUUGGCUUGAAAGAUCGGAUAAAUGUCCUCUCUGUCGAAACACCGUUUUCGCCACUGCUGCAGAAACUGCUCAGCCUGGAGCUGGCAUUACCGCAGAAGAAGCGACGGCGACAGCAACAGCAGAAGCGGUUGUUCCAGAAAGAAUCAGGGAAGAUGGUGACCAGACGACUCUGGCAGCAUCGCCCACUCUGACGGAUUACUCUGUCCCUGAAACUACAUUUAUACCACAGGAUUGGGCAGCAUUUCCGAUUACCACGGGCACUUCGGCAGAUACUCGUCAAAUAAGGCUUUCUCCAGAAUACACUGGCACUCUCUCCGUGAGGAAGCGUGAAAGUACCAGUAACGAGAAUGUCGAAAUGUUUCGUGCUAGCCCGGAUAAUUAA